UCUUGCAACGAGCUUGGCGUUGGGUGCCACGGUACCCACACAAGGGGCGAGGGCUGCUCUUUUGCUGUAGUUGAACUUUUGUAACCCCGUGUCUGAGUUGUGCGAGAGGACGUUUUUUUUUUCUUGUGAAUUCGCAAUCUGAGUGUUUGGAAAUCACCCCAUUACUUUCUGUGUCUGGGAGCCCUGCCUUCUUUCUCAUUGGACUGUAUUGCAAAGCCAAGCUGUCAGCCCAUGUGGCGUGGCCACCGAGCAUGUCAGACAUUUAAAUGAAGUAGGGAAAGAGAAUCAAAGAACCGAGAGAAAUUGAGAGGGUAGGCAGGCAGGGAACUGUAAGAUCGAGCGUUGUCCGGCACUUACUGUAAACUGGAAACUGUUAAAACCACGGAUUAUAAAGCAGAUAGGGCUCAGGUGCAGAAGUAAAUCGAAUAAAAUACUUUUUUAUAUGAGCUCUGAAGAUACGCAGCAAAUACGUUCGGGUUAUUACAGAGACACUCGUAUCAUGGAGGACAUUGUAAUAGCUGGGAUUUCAGGAAGACUCCCUGAGUCUAACAACCUUCAGGAAUUCUGGGAGAACCUCUUCAAUGGGGUGGACAUGGUGACAGAAGAUGACAGGAGGUGGAAACCAGGACUGUAUGGUCUGCCCCAAAGGAAUGGAAAGCUUAAAGAGAUCAACAAAUUCGAUGCCUCGUUUUUCGGUGUUCACCCCAAACAAGCCCACACUAUGGACCCCCAGCUCAGGGUGAUGUUGGAGAUCUCAUAUGAAGCCAUAGUAGAUGGAGGAAUAAACCCAGUGUCCAUGCGUGGCUCUAAUACAGGGGUGUACAUCGGUGUCAGCGGUUCUGAGGCUGCAGAGGCCUUCAGUCGGGACCCCGAGGAGCUGCUGGGAUACAGCAUGACAGGCUGUCAGCGUGCCAUGUUCGCCAAUCGCCUCUCCUACUUCUUUGACUUCAAUGGCCCCAGCACCGCCAUUGACACAGCCUGCUCUUCCAGUCUCCUGGCCCUGGAGAACGCCUUUCAUGCCAUUCGCCAUGGCCGCUGCGACUCCGCCCUGGUGGGAGGAGUCAACCUCCUGCUCAAGCCAAACACCUCGGUGCAGUUCAUGAAGCUGGGCAUGCUGAGUCCUGGAGGCACGUGCAAGUCCUUCGAUGCUUCAGGGGAUGGGUACUGCCGCUCAGAGGCCGCUGUGGCUGUCCUGCUGACUAAGAGGUCCAUGGCCAGGCGGGUGUACGCCACAGUGCUCAACGCAGGCAACAACACAGACGGCUAUAAGGAGCAAGGUGUGACGUUCCCCUCUGGAGAGAUGCAACAGCGCCUGGUGCGUGCUCUCUACCAAGAGGCACAGAUCCCUCCCGAAGAGGUGGAGUAUGUGGAGGCCCAUGGCACUGGCACUAAGGUCGGCGAUCCACAGGAAGUCAAUGGGAUUGUCAGCGUUUUCUGCCAAUCAGAGCGCGAGCCCCUGUUGAUUGGCUCCACCAAAUCGAACAUGGGCCACCCUGAGCCCGCCUCAGGCCUAGCAGCUCUGGCCAAGGUUAUUCUGUCCCUAGAGCAUGGUGUGUGGGCGCCCAACAUCCAUUAUAACACCCCCAACCCCGACAUACCAGCUCUCACCGAUGGCAGGGUCCGCGUGGUCUCUGAGCCUCUGCCCAUUAAGGGGGGCAUUGUGGGCAUCAACUCCUUUGGCUUUGGGGGCUCCAAUGUACAUGUGAUCUUGCGGCCCCCUGGUGCACCCUCCCAACCUCGCCCCCUGCCGGCCCCCGAAGUGCCCUGGCUGGUACAGGCCUGCGGACGGACGGAGGAGGCAGUGAGCACGUUCAUUCAGAAGGCUAAGGGACACAGAGGCAAUGCCAGCUUCCUGAGCAUGUUAAACGAGGUGUCGGGCGUACCCACUGCUAGCAUGCCUUGCAGAGGCUACGCUUUGGUUGGCAGCCAGGCGGACAUCAUGGAGAUCCAGCAAGCCCAGGCCACGCCCAGGCCUCUGUGGUACAUCUGCUCAGGGAUGGGCACGCAGUGGGCAGGGAUGGGCCGCAGUCUGAUGCAGCUGCAGGAGUUCCGGGAGUCCAUCCUGCGCUCGGACGUGGCCCUGCAGGACACAGGCCUGUGCGUGUCCAAGCUCCUGAUGGAGGCGGAUGAGUCCACGUUCGAGGACACCGUGCACGCCUUCGUAGGGCUCGCAGCCAUCCAGAUCGCUCAGAUUGACAUGCUUGACAAGAUGGGGCUGCAGCCAGAUGGCAUUGUGGGACACUCAGUGGGAGAGCUAGCGUGCGGAUAUGCAGACGGAUCUCUAAGCCACGGCGAGGCAAUUCUGGCCGCCUACUGGAGAGGGAAGAGUAUCAAGGAGGCCAACCUCCCUCCUGGGGGCAUGGCUGCUGUUGGGCUGACGUGGGAGGAGUGUAAAGCACAGUGCCCUCAGGGGGUGGUCCCUGCCUGUCAUAAUGCAGAAGACACUGUUACCAUCUCUGGACCACAGGAGGAGGUGAGCACGUUUGUGGCCCAGCUGAAGGAGAGUGGAGUAUUCGCCAAAGAGGUGCGCAGCGCUGGAGUGGCCUUUCACUCCUAUUACAUGGCCGCCAUCGCGCCUUCCCUGCUCGAGGCGCUCAAGAAGGUGAUCGUGGACCCCAAGCCUCGCACCCCCCGCUGGAUCAGCACCUCCAUCCCCCAGCAGGACUGGGGUAGCCCCCUGGCCCAGUACUCCUCUGCCGAGUACCAUGUCAACAACCUGGUGAGCCCCGUGCUCUUCCAGGAAGGCCUGAGCCUCGUGCCGGACAACGCUGUGGUCGUGGAGAUUGCCCCACAUGCCCUGCUGCAGGCCAUCCUGAAGAGGAGCCUGAAGCCCACCUGCUCCAUCUUGCCCUUGAUGAAGAGAGGCCAUGCCAACAACCUGGAGUUCUUCCUCACGCACAUCGGCAAGAUCUACAUGAAUGGGAUCAACGUGGACAGUAACAAGCUGUACCCUCCUGUGGAGUAUCCAGUCCCCACGGGAACCCCCCUGAUCUCCCCCCACAUCGUUUGGGACCACUCACAGGUCUGGGACGUCCCGAGUGUUGAAGACUUCCCCACUGGCUCCGGUGGCUCCACCUCAGCCACAGUCUAUAACAUUGACAUGAGCCCUGAAUCCCCAGACUACUACAUGACUGGGCACUGCAUUGAUGGGCGGGUUCUGUACCCAGCCACUGGGUACCUGGUGCUGGCCUGGAGGACACUGAUGCGCAGCCUGGGGUCAGUGAUGGAGCAGACCCCCGUGAUCUUCGAGGAUGUCACCAUUCACAGGGCCACCAUCCUGCCCAAGACAGGCUCAGUGCAGCUGGAAGUUCGCCUCAUGCCUGCCUCCAACAAGUUUGAGGUGUCUGAGAAUGGCAACCUGGCAGUCAGUGGCAAAGUGAGUCUUCUGGAGGAGAAUGCCUUGAAUGCCUUCCGAUCCCAAAUGGCUACGCCCUGCGAAGUAGGAGAGAGCGACCCCAAGCUGCGGCUGACAGCGAGCGACAUCUACAAAGAGCUGCGCCUGCGGGGCUACGAUUACGGCAAAACGUUCCAGGGCAUUCUGGAGUCCAAUAACUCUGGGGACAGUGGAAAGCUGCAGUGGGCUGGGAACUGGGUGACGUUUCUGGACACCAUGCUGCAGAUGAUUGUGGUGGGACUGUCUGGGCGCAGCCUGCGCCUCCCCACGCGUAUCCGCUCGGUGUGUGUGGAUCCUGUACUGCACGAGGAAAGAGUGAGGGACUAUGGAGAGGACAAGAAAGCUGUGGAUGUCACUGUUAACCGCUGCCUGGACAACAUUGUGGCAGGUGGAGUCCAGAUCUGUGGCCUCCACGCCACAGUGGCACCUCGUCGCCAACAGCAACACAGCCCCCCAAUCCUGGAGGAGUUUGGCUUCGUGCCGUACGUGGAGACAGAGUGCCUAAGGGAUAGCCAGAAGCUCGGUGAAGAGCUGCAGCGCUGCAGAGGGCUGAUCCAGAGGCUGCAGAGGAAGCUGGUGCAGCAGGGUGUGAAACUUUCCAUCCCCGGGCUGGAGGAGGUGACAGAAGGUCAGCCUUCAGACUCGGACUCGGGCAAGGGGCUCCUACGCCUGCUGUCGGUGCUUUGUGGGCUGGAGCUGAACGGGAACCUGCACUCCGAGCUGGAGCUGACGGUACAGAAGGAGAGGGAGUGCCUUCUCCAGGACCCCCUGCUCGGCGGAUUGCUCGACUCUGCGGCCCUGCGCUACUGCCUGGACACAGUCCUGGAGAACUCCACUCCUGGCAAGCUCCGAGUGCUGGAGGCCCUGUGCAGUGAUGGGCUGCUGUUUCCCCGGGCUGUUCCACUCCUGAACAUCCAACCCCUGCUACAGCUGGACUACACUGCCAGCGACUCCACCUCCGACCUCCUGGCCUCCCAUGCACCUUCACUGGAGGAGCUGGGGGUCUCGGUGGGCCAGUGGGACCCUCACAAGGGCCCGGCCCCUGGGAACAUGGGUGGAAUGGACCUGGUGCUCUGCAACUGCUGUGCCAGCCCCCCGCCCUGUCCCGCUGACAUGGUGCGUAACCUGGCCUCGGCCGCCAAGGAGGGAGGAUUUGUGCUGCUGCAUGUCCUGCUGAAAGGAGACACACUGGGAGAAACCGUUUCCUUCCUCACCACCCAGAACAGCCAGCAGGGUCUGUUGUCACAGGCGGAGUGGGAAGAGGUUCUCAGCCAGGCGUCGCUCAACACAGUUCUCAUCAGGAGGUCCUUCUAUGGCUCCGCCCUCUUCCUGUGUCGUCGGCAGACCCCCACAAAGGCGCCCAUUUUCCUGUCAGUUGACGGGACAGACUACCAGUGGGUGGAGAGUCUGAAGUCCACCUUAGCUGAGCCAUCGGACAGUCCUGUCUGGCUCACUGCAGAGACGGGAAACAAGGGGGUUGUUGGCAUGGUGAACUGCCUGAGACAGGAGCCAGGAGGCCAGCGGAUACGGUGUGCAUUUGUAUCAAACCUGGAAGCUUCCUCAGCUGCCCCCGUGCUCUGCCCCACCCACAAAGAUAUGCAGGUCAUACUUCAGCGAGACCUCACCAUGAAUGUCUAUCGGGACGGACAGUGGGGGACUUUCAGGCAUAAUCUCAUUCAGCAAGAGCUCAGUGAGGAGUGGACGGAGCAGGCUUAUGUUAAUGUGCUAACUCGAGGAGACCUGUCCUCGCUACGCUGGAUCGUCUCACCGCUGCGCCACUUCACAGCCACCAACCCCAAUGUCCAGCUCUGUCGUGUCUACUAUGCCUCGCUCAACUUCCGAGACAUCAUGCUGGCUACCGGCAAGCUACCUCCCGAUGCCAUCCCAGGGGACCUGGCUUUGCAGCAGUGCAUGCUGGGAAUGGAAUUCUCAGGACGUGACCCCAGCGGGAGGCGGGUGAUGGGGCUGCUGCCGGCCAAAGGCCUUGCCACCUGCGUGGAUGCAGACAAGCACUUUCUGUGGGAAGUGCCCUCCAGCUGGUCUCUGGAAGAGGCAGCCUCAGUGCCGGUUGUUUAUGCCACAGCCUACUACGCCCUGGUGGUCCGUGGGCGGCUGCGCAGCGGGGAGAGCGUGCUCGUUCAUUCCGGCUCGGGGGGCGUGGGCCAGGCAGCCAUUGCAAUCGCGUUGAGCCAGCGGUGCAGGGUCUUCACCACUGUGGGCUCAGCAGAGAAGCGGGCUUAUCUGCAGGAGCGCUUUCCUCAGCUGGGGCCAGACUGCUUCGCCAACUCCAGAGACGCCUCCUUCGAGCAGCACGUGCUGCAGCACACACAGGGCAAGGGAGUGGACGUGGUGCUGAACUCUCUGGCAGAAGAGAAGCUACAAGCCAGCCUGCGCUGCCUCGCCCGACAUGGCAGAUUCCUGGAGAUCGGGAAAUACGACCUCUCCAACAACACCCCUCUUGGCAUGGCUCUGUUCCUGAAAAACGUGGCGUUCCACGGCAUCCUGUUGGACGCGCUGUUUGAGGAGGGCAACCGUGAGUGGGAGGAGGUGUCCCAGCUGCUGCAGGAGGGCAUCAGGACCGGGGUGGUGCAGCCCCUGCGCACCACUGUCUUCGAGAGGAACCAGGUGGAGGAGGCCUUCCGCUACAUGGCCCAGGGCAAGCACAUCGGCAAGGUCCUGCUGCAGGUGCGCGCUGAAGAAAACGGGCCUGGUGUAGACUCCGCCCCCCUCUCCCUCCCAGCCAUCUGCCGCACAUCCUGCCCCGCCUCUCAUUCUUACAUCAUCACUGGUGGGCUGGGCGGCUUUGGUCUGGAGCUUGCUCAUUGGCUGACUGAGCGGGGAGCACGCAAACUGGUGCUGACAUCACGAUCUGGAAUCCGCAAUGGUUACCAGGCCAAGCGGGUGCGCGAGUGGCAGGGAAUGGGCGUUCAGGUGCUGGUGUCCACCAGUGAUGUGAGCACCCUGGAGGGGACUCAGCGCCUCAUCACAGAGGCUGCCAGGCUGGGACCCGUGGGUGGCAUCUUCCAUCUUGCCAUGGUCCUAAAAGACGGCAUGUUGGAGAACCUGACUCCCCAUCACUUCCAAGACGUUAACAAACCAAAAUACAAUGGUACCAUCCACCUGGACAGGGUGACCCGAGAGCAGUGCCCGGAGCUGAGCUACUUCGUGGUCUUCUCCUCGGUGAGCUGUGGGCGCGGGAACGCCGGGCAGAGCAACUACGGCUUCGCCAACUCCACCAUGGAGCGGAUCUGCGAGCAGCGGAGGCACGACGGGCUGCCCGGGCUGGCGGUGCAGUGGGGCGCCAUCGGGGACGUGGGCGUGGUCCUGGAGACCAUGGGUGGGAACGACGCCGUCAUUGGCGGGACGCUGCCGCAGAGGAUGAGCUCCUGCAUGGAGGUGCUGGACCGCUUCCUGAACCAGCCCCGCCCAGUGAUGUCCAGCUUCGUGCUGGCAGAGAGGGCUGUGACGGCCAAGAGCGAGGGCGCUGGCCAAAGGGACCUGGUGGAGGCCGUGGCACAUAUUCUGGGCGUGCGUGACGUGAGCAGUCUGAAUGCGGAUGCUUCGCUGGCAGACUUGGGCCUGGACUCGCUGAUGGGUGUGGAGGUGCGACAGACCCUGGAGCGGGACUACGACAUCGUCAUGGCGAUGAGGGAGAUCCGCCAGCUGACCAUCAACAAGCUGCGGGAGCUGUCCUGCAAACAGGGUGGUGCUGAGGAGUCUCGGCCCCUUCCUCUGAAGAAGUCUGGAGCAGGAGCCCUGACAGAGACAGACCUCAGUCUGCUGCUGGUGAACCCCGACGGCCCCACUGUCGCACGCCUUAACGAGGUGCAGAGCACCGAGCGCCCGCUCUUCCUGAUUCACCCCAUAGAGGGCUCCAUCGCUGCUUUCCGCACCCUCACGGCCAAGCUCAGCGUGCCCUGCUAUGGCCUGCAGUGUACCAAAGCUGCUCCCUUGGACAGCAUCCAAAGCCUGGCCGCAUACUAUGUGGAGUGUGUGCGGCAGAUGCAGCCGGAAGGGCCCUACCGUAUCGCUGGGUACUCUUUCGGUGCUUGCGUGGCCUUCGAGAUGUGCUCCCAGCUGCAGGCUGCCCAGAAGCCCGUGGAGUACCUCUUCCUCUUUGACGGCUCCCACUCCUAUGUGGCAGCAUACACUCAGAGUUACCGCGCAAAGCUGACCCCAGGCAGCGAGUCACAGGCUGAGACAGAGGCUCUCUGCGCCUUCAUUCAGCAGUUCACCGGUUCUGAGUACAACAAGCUUCUGGAGACCUUGCUCCCUCUGUCGGACCUCGAGGCCCGCGUGAACGCUGCAGUGGACCUGAUCACGGCCAGCCACAAGAGCAUGAGCAGGGAUUCCCUGCGCUUUGCUGCCUCUGCCUUCUACUACAAGCUGAAGGCAGCCGACCAGUACGUCCCAGUCACCAAGUACCAUGGCAACAUCACCCUGCUGAGGGCCAAGACAAGCAGCGAGUACGAGGAAGGGCUGGGAGAGGACUACCGGCUGCAUGAGGUGUGUGACGGCAAAGUGUCUGUCCACGUCAUCGAGGGCGACCACCGCACCUUCCUGGAGGGAGAAGGAGCGGACUCCAUCACCGGCAUAAUCCACAGCUCUCUGGCAGAGCCCCGUGUCAGCGCCAGGGAGGGCUAGACCCACACCAUGCAGAUCACCCCCCACCUCCACCCCCACUCCCACCUCCCGCCUGAGUUUCCACUCUGCAGGGUAGAGCAGUGAGAGAACUGCUACCCCUUGCCUCACAAGGGUCACUAUCUUUAUUGAUAGGGUGGCAAGUUUAAAGAUUUUUACAGCCUCCUAGUACAUUAAGCCGUGCUAAAGGACUGGAUCUAAUUAGAUUGUGGCCUGUCCAACCCCAAAAAAUGUUUUUUUCUUGGUUAAACUUGCUUAUCCUAUGAAUAUGGAUUUUUUGGUCCCAAAUUUGUUAUCCAAUUUUGCACUGCAGCAAAAGCUUAGUAAAAUACAUCUCUGUGCAUUUCUACUACUGGCACCCAUAUUUUACUACCUUCAUUGUGUGCAUUUGCCUGGCUUGGUGCCAUCAAGUCUAGCCAUAACUAGUCUAGUCAUAACAACUAGGUUCAACAGCCUCGCAAAGAAAAAAAAAGGUCCUGUUUUUUUUAAAUGGUCUGCUAAGGGGCAUUUUUCCCAUUGUCAUAUUUAAGUACUUUAGAAAGAAUACUAUAAAGAAGUACGAAGUUAGUAAUAAGAGAUACACAAAACAUGGCAUGUAUGAGCAUUUAAUGUGCAAAUGUACAACCCAGCCCUGAUGAUGCAGACUUAGUGUGCAAGGUGCACUUCACUACAUUACACCAAAAAAUAUCUUCAUACAUAGAUGAUCUGUAUAUAGAUUCCGGCACAGUGCUUCUUGUGUAAUGUAACUAUAUUAUAGUGAUUUUAAGAUACCAGUAUUAAAAUACUGCUUUUUUGCAUUAAAUGUUUCUUUAUUCAAGCAAGAAUUGUUGUAGGCGCUCUCUGAAUUGUGCGUUGAUCGCUUUGCCUCUUAAGGGGACAACUGUCUCAGUGUCAGUGCAGAACUCGAAUAGGGCUGUUGAUCAGGGUAUUAUUUCCAUACGAGAAAGUUACAGUCCAUUGCAGCACUGCCACUACAGGAGUUAAAUCUGAAACAUACCCAAAAUUAAUCAUUUCAAAAACAGUGGAAUGACUUAGAAUCUUUUGACAUCAAUGGCCAAGUUUAUAUUAUGUUUAUUAUUCUAGAUGCUUCUGAUAAAUAUGAGAAUCUCAUAAAAUAAUCUGAGUAUUGCUAUUAGCUGAAACAAUAUAUUUUUUUAGUUAAAUCUGUUUUUUAAAAUAGAAAUGACUUGUUCCUGAAUUCAUGAUAAAGUAAAGUCACUGAUUAAUUUUCUUUUAUUUUUUGUGACUAAUAGAAAUUGCUGCUCAUUUUCUUAACACCCUGUUAGGAGUGGCUGAAUGCGAGGCAAUGUGAUAUUUUGCAACAGUGCAACAAUAUACUGCAUUACUUUCUCUGUGUGGUUAUAUCUUUAGGAAGGCCAAAAAGGGUUCUGUGUUCUGUUUAAUCCUGUACAGUGUUGGCCGAUUUGUUUACAUUGUUUAGAGACUGGUUUAACAAACCUAGAAAACCGUCAUUGAUUAUUCUGCUGUUCAGUAUAACUAUUCUACUAUAGCCUAACAUUUAACAAACCUAUGAGCAAUUUUGUUUUUGUUUCCUUUAAUUAUCAGUAUUAAGGAAAAUGCUUUAUCAUUCCUGAAAUAGUAGGACAAAAAUACCAUACGUUUGAAAAGCAGGAAUCGUAAAGGUUCAGUUCUAAGUUAUUUUUAGAGAUGGCAUUGGUAUUCUUUUGUAGAAAAAAACUUUAAUGGUAAAUGAGAAACUCCUCAAAGGGAUAUUACAGAACAUAUUUGUGCACUAAUCUUUAUUUACACUGUGUCCUGCUGAGUCUGGAAAGUUGACUGACCCACACCUGAGAACAGACAGUUCAUGAAUAGGCAGUUCAGUUGUAGCAACUCAAAGUUUUAACUAAAGGCACUCUUUAAGUAAAUAUGUAGCUGAGAAGAUAGGAAACAUACUGUAGUACUGUCCCAAUGCACCUACUUUCUCUAACAAUGACCUACAGCGAUGCAAAAGAGGAAAUAUCCCCCCCACUAAACACGGAGAUAGGACCAACAAGAACCAGGCAGAUCUGAUUUGGAGACUUCAGCGAAGUGAAGUCAGUGAAGAAUCAGAUGGUUUGUAAUUUAAAGCUGUGAUUGUUUGCAGUGUCAAGGAAGAGGAACAAAGGAUCAUUCCUCUAGGUUUUAUUUUUUACUUUUAUCGUUAUUUUUUAAUUCUGUGCUGUAAUUUCUCAAGUAUUUAUUGUUCUAGUAAAUAGAUCUCGCUAA